GAUGCCCUUGUCUAUGCGCAGAUUGUGGGGGCCUCCUUGAUCCCUCUCAGCUCGAGUUUGGUUGCAACAUUCACGGCAAGCCAUCAAUCAAAGGGCCCGCCAACCUGUUCCAGGGAGGAAGGGGAAUCACCCUCUCAUCUUUGCAAUUCAAUCUGUCACAUACUAAGUCGCUCAUUGCCUGUGGGGUGGCCAACAGGGUGCAGGUCGGUGUUGACGUCGAAGAAACAUCACGCCUUCUGAAGACCGAUGUUCUCAAACUCGCCUCUAGGAAGUUUUCUGCAGCGGAAGCUGCGACUCUUGCCAAGAUGGAGUGCCCGCAAGCAAGGCACUCCCGAUUUGUGGAGCUUUGGACUCUCAAGGAGUCAUUUGUCAAGGCCAUCGGAAAGGGCAUCGCUGCAGCUCCUCUGAGCGGCUUCUCCUUUGACCUCCGACCACAGCCCGAACUUGCACGGACCUUACAAACUGUGGCUGGCCUCCAAAGCGCUCCCAAUCCGCUCCAGAUAGGUCUCUCGUUACAUGACAACAGCAUGCCCGGGGAGGGCAAAAAACUGAAGGUAACACUCCGUUGGCGACCCCCCACCUCUCAAUCUGGGAAACUUACCCCCUGCUCUGGGAUGAGCCCCUUGGCGGGGACGCCACAGCCCUGGGAUGCUCUGCGGAAACUCGAUGAGAGAAGGAUCUUCUUGCUUCCAGCCAACAGCCUGGCGCGGAGAAGCCCCGACGACAAAAAUAAUGAAAAGGGGAGACUGCGCAAUCAAGAGUUAACUUGCGGAGACUCUACUUGCCAGCGGUCCAAGUGGAUGUUAUAGUAAGAAAGAUCGAUCACAAGCAAGUUUCCCAACACUAGCUGCCCGUAUUACUUGAUACCUUGGUCAUUCCAUGUCGCCUGAUGGAAGGCAGGACACUUCCGUCAGCGGUUGCGGCGCUGGAUGGGCCCAGGCCCCAAGCGUGAGGACAUGCGUGACUGCAUGUAAAUAUAGAACUUGUCAUGUCUUGGUAUUGCAAUUGGACAUAACUGCACAAUCGAAGAAGCAAGGGGAGUUUAGGGCCUGGUCCGCCAUCAUUGCCCUAUGUCUCAUUAGCCUUAAAAAGCAUUAAUGGUGGUCGAUUGUUGAUCAGUCUAAUCUCUGUACUUCUAGCUAGACGCUGC